AUGAAGGAAAAAGACACAAACGACCCCAUCCUUGCCCCCGGAGACGGAACCUCAACCGCCGCCGAAACGAGCUCUGACGCGGUCGAGCAGCUCCGCCAGCUCAAGAAACACCACCACUGGGACCCCAAUCUCCCCGACGAAGUCGCUCACGAGAUCGAGGAUGCCCUGCACACUACCAACGACGACACCCGCCAGGAAAUUGCCCACGACCUCCUCGACAACUCUCCGUACCCCGAAGUCCGCGCCGCAGUCCCCAACCGCGAUGAAGGCGGCCACUCGAACACCAUCCGCGCCUGGGUCAUCGGACUCCUCCUCGCGACGAUUGGUUCCGCACUGAAUAUGCUCUUCUCGAUGCGCCAGCCGUAUAUUGUCAUUCCGUCGUAUGUCGCCCAGGUCGUUGCGUACCCGAUCGGUCUUGCGUGGGCAAAGGUCAUGCCGAAUAAGACGUACAAGGUUUUUGGUGUGAGGUUUAAUCUCAAUCCGGGUCCCUUCAGCAAGAAGGAGCACGCUAUCUCUGUGAUCAUGGCCAAUGCAACCUUCGGUGGUGGGGCGGCGUACGCGACUGAUGUUCUCCUGGCGCAGCGCGCGUUCUACAAGCAGCGGUAUGACUGGGCCUUUGAGAUCUUCAUGUGUAUUUCGACACAGAUGCUAGGAUUCGGGCUCGCUGGCUUUGUUUACCGAUUUCUCGUCACUCCUGCCGCCAUGAUUUGGCCUUCGACAUUGAUCAAUACCUCGCUUUUCACUGCGUUGCAUGACCGUGGCAAGCCGGAUCCGCUCAAGGUCAGUGGCUGGACGUUGGGAAAGUACCGCAUGUUUUUGUACUGCAUGAUUGGAUCGUUUGUGUGGUACUGGUUUCCUGGGUAUCUGGCCCCGUUUCUCAGUGUCUUUGCAUUUGUUACUUGGAUCAAGCCACAGAAUGUGAUUAUCAAUCAGCUAUUUGGUGGAUGGACCGGUUUGUCGUUGAUUCCGAUUACCUUUGACUGGACCCAGAUCUCGGGAUUCAAUUUUAGCCCGCUCAUCGCGCCGUGGCAUGGGAUUGCAAAUACCCUGAUUGGGCUAAUCCUUUGGUGCUGGAUUGUCACCCCUGCCUUGCACUACAGCGGUGUCAAUCACUCGAAGCACCUCCCCAUCACCGACUCCACCAGCUAUGACAAUACCGGGCAUGUGUACAACGUCUCGCGCAUCCUGACCAAGGAAAUGACGCUAGACAAGGCCAAGUACGAGAGCUAUUCUCCUCUUUUUCUGUCUACCACGUUCUACCUCUGCUACGGUCUUUCGUUUGCAACCAUAAUUUCCGUCCUUGUGCAUACUGUCCUGUUCCAUGGCAAGGACAUCUGGGCGCGUUUCAGAGAGGUUGGCCAGGAGGAGGAAGACAUUCACGCCAGACUGAUUGCUCGCUUCAAGCCAGUUCCUAUCUGGUGGUACGGAACUGUUUCGCUCGUCAUGAUUGGAAUGGCCCUUGGCGUUACCCAAGGCUACGAUACACAUCUGACUUGGUGGGCGUUUUUCCUCUCUCUCAUCAUGGCAUGCAUAUGGAUUAUUCCCAUCGGCAUUAUCGCAGCCUCGACAAACAUCUCCAUCGGCCUGAACGUCAUCACCGAAUUCGUCAUUGGUUACAUGCAACCCGGUCGGCCAAUGGCGAUGAUGUUGUUCAAAACCUACGGGUACAUCACCAUGUCUCAGGGCCUAUCUUUCUGUCAGGAUAUGAAGAUCGGCCACUACAUGAAGAUUCCGCCACGAGUUACGUUUCAGGCACAGAUAGUCGCCUGCCUCUGGUCCUCGGUCGUGCAGAUCUGCGUGAUGAACUGGGCUCUCGGCGCCAUCCCCGGUAUCUGCACCCCACACCAGGAGAACCACUAUACCUGUCCAGGAGGCCGUGUCUUCUUCACAGCUUCAGUGAUCUGGGGAACCAUCGGCCCCGCGCGCAUGUUCUCACCCGGCCAGAUGUAUUCCGGUCUCAUGUGGUUCUGGCUCCCGGGGUUCCUUCUCCCAAUUGUAUUCUAUGUCCUCGCUCGUGUGUCGAAACACGCCAGAUGGGGUCGUCACAUCCGCCUGCUAAACGCACCGAUCAUCUUCGGCGGCGCGGGCCUUAUCCCGCCCGCGACUCCGCUUAACUACCUCUCCUGGGGAUUUGUUGGGCUCGUCUUUAACAAAUACAUCCGAGAUCGCUGGCGCGGAUGGUGGAUGCAGUACAACUACGUGCUGUCGGCGGGAUUGGACGUUGGCCUGGCGUUGUCGACGAUUCUCAUUUUCCUUGCGCUGAAUUUGACGAAGACGGAUUUUCCUAGCUGGUGGGGAACCAGCAUCGCGGCUGAUACGAUGGAUGCUCAGGGAACAGCGGUGCAGGUUACGGGGGAGAGAUUUGGACCGGAGAAGUGGUGA